AUGCUCGCCAACCGCACCACGGCCAACAGCAGCGCCAUGAACAUUGUCUUUGCCUUUUCCAACACGACGGCGCAGCCCGUGACGGAGCUGCACUACCAGGUGGCCGUGACCAAGGGCUACGAGAUCAAGAUCAGCCCGCAGACGGGCGUCGCGCUCGAGCCGAAGCAGAGCCGCGGCGUCACGCAGACGGUCGAGGUCAACCACGCCGGCGACAGGAGCCGCAAGGUCGAGGCGCUGAAGCUCCGAUUCAGGGUGUCGUACAAGGUCGGCGGUGAGCUGCGCAACGAGGCGGGUGCCGUGUCCGAGUUUAGCAUUGCGUAG